GUGACAGACGCCACAGUGCUAGCUGUUUGGAAAAUGAAACUGGUUCGUGUUUGACUUCAAGACGCAGCAAACAGAAAACGAAAACUAGACUAGCAUUAGAUUCAAAAGAAAAAAACACCUUGGAGUUGAGUAUUUUAACUUGGCACAGCGGAGGAGGAAGAUCCCAUCGCUGGUAAUGUUGAUUAAACACCAACACCGGAUAGGACGUACUGUACUGCAAUGGAGUCUGUAGCGGGGGGCUCAGCUACUUGGUGAGACUGAAACUGCUGUCACUAUGGCGCACUUUGACACAGAGUACCAGCGCCUGGAGGCGUCCUACAGCGACUCUCCCCCCGGAGAGGAGAACCUGCUGAUGCAUGUGCCUGAAGGAGCCAAAUCACAUUGGCAUCACAUAGAAAACCUGGACCUGUUUUUCCAAAGAGUCUAUAAUCUGCACCAGAAGAAUGGAUUCACCUGUAUGCUGUUGGGAGAAAUCUUUGAGUUGGUUCAGUUGCUGUUUGUGAUUGGCUUCACAGUGUUCCUAGCUAACUGUGUGGACUAUGACAUACUCUUUGCCAACAAGUUCGUAAAUCACACUGAUUCAUCUAAAGUCACUUUGCCUGAUGCCUUCCUCCCAGUGGAUGUUUGCAGUGCCCGUAUCCGAGACAAUGCAUUUGUGAUCUUUGUGCUGACAAUCUCUGGAGUGUUUUGGCUUCACCGCCUGGUGAAAUUCCUCUACAACGUCUGUUGUUACUGGGAGAUCCGAUCCUUCUACAUCAACGCCCUCAAAAUGACCAUGUCAGAACUCCCUUAUGCAACAUGGCAGGAGGUUCAGGCCAGGAUAGUGGAGAUCCAGAAGGAGCACCAGAUCUGCAUUCAUAAAAAAGAACUAACAGAGCUUGACAUCUACCACCGCAUCCUCCGCUUCAAAAACUACAUGGUUGCCAUGGUGAAUAAAUCACUCCUUCCUGUACGAUUUCGACUUCCUGCUCUUGGGGAGUCUGUUUUCUACACCCGCGGUCUCAAAUACAACUUUGAGCUCAUUUUCUUCUGGGGGCCAGGUUCUCUGUUUGAGAAUGAGUGGAGCCUGAAAGCAGAGUACAAGAGAGGAGGUAACCGACUUGAGCUGGCAGACAGGCUAGCAUCCCGUAUCCUGUGGAUUGGGAUUGCCAAUCUGCUGCUGUGUCCAGUUAUUCUGGUGUGGCAGAUUCUCUACGCCUUCUUUAGUUACACAGAGGUGAUCAAGCGAGAGCCUGGUUCUCUGGGAGCGAGAUGCUGGUCUCUGUAUGGUCGAUGUUACUUGCGGCACUUUAAUGAGUUGGACCAUGAGCUCAUGUCCCGUCUCAGCAAAGGCUACAAAGCUGCCUCCAAGUAUAUGAACUGUUUCCUCUCGCCGCUGCUGACGGUGGUUGCUAAAAAUGUGGCGUUUUUUGCCGGGUCUCUUCUGGCUGUCCUUAUUGCACUGACUAUCUAUGACGAGGACGUUCUGGCAGUGGAGCAUGUUCUCUCAUCCAUCACACUGCUUGGAGUGUGUAUCACAGUCUGCAGAUCAUUUAUCCCAGAUAAGCACAUGGUGUUUUGUCCUGAGCAGCUGUUGAGGGUUAUCCUGGCUCAUAUCCACUACAUGCCUGACCACUGGCAGGGCAAUGCACAUAGAUAUGAGACUCGAGACCAGUUCUCCCAGCUCUUCCAGUACAAAGCAGUGUUUAUUCUGGAGGAGCUGAUAAGUCCAGUGGUAACUCCCAUUAUCCUGAUCUUCUGUCUGAGGAGGAAGUCUCUGGAGAUCAUUGAUUUCUUCAGGAACUUCACUGUGGAAGUUAUUGGGGUAGGAGACACGUGCUCCUUCGCCCAGAUGGACAUCAGGCAGCAUGGACACCCUGCGUGGAUGUCUGAGGGGAAGACAGAGGCAUCUAUCUACCAGCAGGCGGAAGACGGGAAGACAGAGUUGUCUCUGAUGCACUUUGCCAUCACAAACCCUCAGUGGCAGCCUUCGCAGGAGACAACACACUUCAUCAGCCAGCUGAAAGAGCGAGUUCACAGAGAAGCCACAGGAGGUCCUUCAGAUACACAUCCGCUCUCACUGUCUGAGUCUGAGCCGAGGAGCCUCAUUGCAAACUUCUUGGGGGGUCCGUCUACACUAAACUCCGUUCAUUUCAGCGCAGAUGGCUCUUUGACCAAUCAUGCAGCAGCUGGCUUAGGCAACGGGGCAUCUGCCUUACGCUCCCUUUCCCCGAUCAGCAGCAGCCUUCAGCUGAGGGGAAGCUUGAGUGCAGCUCACAGGCCUUCUGGUCACACUUCAACCAUUAGCAAAGGAAUGGCCGGCUCUGGGACGGAUGCCUGGACUGUGAGCUCAGGCAGCAGUGCAUGGGAAGGUCAGCUCACCAGUUUGGUCCUGUCAGAGUACGCCUCAACUGAGAUGAGCAUCCAUGCACUCUACAUGCAUGAGCUUCACAAGCAGCAGUCCCGUGGCGAGCUGUCCCGUCACACAUGGCACAGGCAGGAAAGUGACGAAAGCAGUGAUAGCAUCCCAGAUGAAGUGAGGAGUGAACCCAACCCUCACUCCAGACACUUCCCUCGCUCACACACUUUCCCUACCACAGUUCCCAGUCCCAGUGCCAUUCCUACUUCAGCUUCAGCAAUCGUCAGUACCACCCGAGGCCAGGAGGGAGCUGCAUCAUCACACAGCAGCAGCAGCCAGCGGCCCUUUAGUAGACCUACAGCAGACUCUUCUGUUGCAGGGGGGAGAGUAGUGAGGUCAGCCCGUGGUGUGCCCAUGGGAGGGUGGGCAGAGGAGGGUCAGGCAGCACCGCGACAUCCUGAGCCACUACCAGAGGAGGGCUCAGAGGACGAUAUGCCUCCUCACAUACACAAGGUUACAUAACCAAGCUAUGUGGAAAGGUAUCAGUGCCCCAUCCGUCAUAGAGGUCCAAAUACACAUCCUCGUCUUCAAACAAACCUUUUCACCAGGAUUAACCAUCUGAUCUGACACACGUGAAGAUGUAUAUGUGUCAGUGCAGUGUACCAUGAUGAUAUCUACAAACACUUACCACACGCAAACAGGGUAUAUAUCUGAUUGUGUGUAUCAGAAAAGGACCUACAGGAUCAAUCUAUUUAUAAUAGCCAUCGAUGCCGUCAGAUUACGCCUUGCUCUUUUAUAAUGUCAAAAUAUAAUGGAAGUGCAUGUGGUGCUCAGAUGAUGUUAACAGAAAAACACUUUGUUCUCUGCACUAUGCCGCUAAUAUUGCUGUAGAAAGAUAGGUAACAACUUGCUCACAAUGUGAUCACAAUAAUCUUAAUUGUGCUAUCUGUAUUGUUUCCCCCUUUUGAAAAGAACAUGUUCAGAAAGAUGCUUCUAACACAAUACCUUUCAUUGUGUGUAUCUUACUGUGGUGUACCAGUAGUAGUAGGCUCUGUAUCCUACCCUGUGCUCUGUAUUUCAACUCACAUUCUGCCUCUUCACAAAACACAUGAAGGCCUCAAAUACUAUCAAAAUGACAUGCCAGUUUUAAAUAACAUUUUACUCCAUAUUUUGUAUUUCUUUAUGCAUGUGUUGAGUAACACAAUGUAUAUAUUUUUUAAAUGUUCAGAGUCUGGCUCAGUUUGCACAUAUAAAUUAUUGUUUAAAAGAUAA